CAACAACAACAAUAUCUUCCUCCAGCUUCACCGACAUUUCCAAUACCUCCUUAUUCUGGCGAUUUAAACCGAGGAAACUACUUUUUAACAUCCAGAAAAAUCCAAUUUUCUCCUUUUUUUUCGGAGGCUGACCUCCAGGAAAGCUUCAUCUCAGGCGGAGAAAACGCGAUUUCAACGCCGAUUUUGCUGCUUCAAACUCGGUGUUGGAGCUGCAGCCUCCCCGGCAGGAGGAGCUCCCUGAAGGCACCGCGGUGCUGGAGGUACUGAGUGCGUUGGCGGGGUCAAUCCCCAGGAUGAUGCGACCCACGCUGGCUCAGAACUACCCCCGCAGUGGCUUCCCACUGGAAGUGUCUACCCCGUUGGGUCAAGGCCGUGUGAACCAGCUCGGAGGAGUUUUUAUAAACGGCAGACCUUUGCCCAACCACAUCCGACAUAAGAUCGUGGAGAUGGCGCACCACGGAGUCCGGCCGUGCGUAAUCUCCCGGCAGCUGCGCGUCUCUCACGGCUGCGUCUCCAAGAUCCUGUGCCGAUACCAGGAGACCGGCUCCAUCCGGCCCGGGGCCAUCGGGGGCAGCAAGCCCAAGCAGGGGACCACGCCGGACGUAGACAAGAGAAUAGAAGAUUACAAGCGGGAAAACCCGGGUAUGUUUAGCUGGGAGAUUCGGGAUAAAUUACUGAAGGAUGGGAUAUGUGACCGCAACACCGUGCCUUCAGUGAGCUCCAUCAGUCGCACCAUGCGGAGUAAGUUCGGGGGGAAAGGCGACGAGGAGGAGGAUGAGGAGGAGCUGGAGAGGAAGGAGCUGGAGGAGAGCGACCGGAGGGCCAAACACAGCAUCGAGGGCAUCUUAGGAGACAGAUGUGAGUGA